AUGGACGACGAUGUCACACAUCGUAUUGGACGGAUGGAUGAAAUGGAAGCUACAUCGGGGGUGUUGUGCGAUAAGAAUGUGCCGCCUAUUCUAAAAGAAAAGUUCUCCAAAGCGGUGGUUAGGCAAGCUAUAUUAUAUGGGACGGAAUGCUUGCGGAUUAAGAAAGCUCGUAUAGAGAUGAAGGUAGGCCCCGGUAUGCGGAUGUUGAGAUGGAUGUGCGGGCAUACAAUGAGAGAUAGGAUUCGGAAUGAAGUGAUUCGGGAUAAGGUGGGUGUGGCCCCUGUGAUGGAUAAGAUGCGAGAAGGGAAGUUGAGGUGGUUCGGCCAUGCGCGCCGGAGAUGUGCUGAUGCGCCAGUGAGGAAGUGUGAGAGAAUGGCAGUGGUGGGCCUAAAAAGAGGGAGGGGUAGGCCAAAGAAGGCCUGGGGAGAGGUGAUUUGGCAGGACAUGGUGCUACUUCAGCUUAUCGAGGACAUGACCGGUGAUAGGAGGGGUGGAGGUCGAGUAUCAGGGUAG